AUGCCGCUAACUCCAACUUUGCUCUGGGCCCAGACCAAAGACGACCUUUUUUUGACGGUUGAGCUUACGAAGCCGUCCGAUCUUAAGGUUGACCUGACUGACGAUUCCUUCAAAUUCUACGCCAAAAAGGACGGGAACGUUUACGAAUUCGACUUCAAGUUCUUUAAGCCCGUGAAGUCCAGCGAGUACAAGAAGAAGGACCAGAGAUUCCUUGAGUUCAAGGUUCCGAAGUCUUCUCCGGAAUCGUGGUCCACACUUAACUCUUGCGGCAAGAAGCACUAUAUCAAAUGUAACUGGGACAAGUGGGUCGACUCUGACGCCGAAGGAGAUGAGUUGAACGACGGAUUCGAUAUGCCUAACUUCGGUGACUUUGGAGAUCUGGAUAUGAAUGGAAUGGACGGAAUGGAUGAUGAAUUGGAUGAUUUGGACGACGAGAAGGAGGACGACAACGAGGACGAGGAGCUCGAGAAGACUGAGAAGAAGGAGAAGAAGCAGAAAUCUCCAGACUGCAAAAACCCGAAUUGCCAGUGCGACCCGUGCGAGUGCACGCCUGAGAAAAACUGCGGAGGAGACGCAAACAAGGUCAAAAACGGCGGCUGCUGUAACUCGUGUGAAUGUGAGCCGAAGCCAGAAGGAGAGCCGUGUUGCGGCCCGAACAAAUGCUCAGAAGAGUGUCCAUGUUAA